AGACGAGAGAAGUUCCUGGAACGAAACCGAGUUGCUGCAAGCAAGUGUCGCCGCAAGAAGAAAAUGGCUGACGAGGAGCUCGUUCGCAAACAUGAUACUGCGCUGGCAGAAAAGCAGCGCCUUACGCGCACCGUGAAUGAGUUACGCGGCGAGCUCUUGACCCUCAAGAACACCGUCCUCAAGCAUUCUGGGUGUGGAGAUGAGGCUAUCAACCUCCACCUCUCCCGAAUGGUGCACACUAUC